CUAGUGAAGGUUAGGACGUUGCCCUCUUGUGUCGCAGUUAAGAUCUAAAAACAAAUUUUGAGUACAUCCCAAGUCGAAACUCACGCCAAGCAGCCAGUACUUCUUCACUGCACACUAAGUUACAAGCUCUCUAAGCUAAAGUCCUUACUUCGCUUUUCGUCGUUCUUGCAUAAAAUCCUUGCGCUGUAUUGAUUGCACAACACUYUUCACAAAUAGUUUUUAAAGUUAAAAGUAAGUUUAAUUGAGUGAAAGCUGCGGUAUUAUGAAAGGCACGUGUCAGCUCGGCACUACUGUCCUUUAAUUAAUGACAUUCAGUUUGUACAUUUCCUUACUGCAUUCCCGCGAAAUUUUAAAGACGCAURUUUGAUUAACGAAAAAACACUCUUUUGAUAAAUUAGUUAUUGCUAAAUCAACCAUGAUGGAUYAAGUUUGUUUGCCUGAAGAUAGUGAAAAACAAAACCCUAAUCCUGACAUCUAAGAUAAUUGUUUUCGACCUAUUGUACUGUGAUCAUCGAUAGUCUCUGUCCUUGUGUCUUGGAAUCCAAUAGACGCAAAGAAUGCGAUUGAAUUGAGACAUUUGAUAUAGACGACGAAACURCAUCAGCGUCAUUCACUAAAUUCCCUCAGUUGCUUGGCACCGGACGCUGAAGACGAYGGAAUGAUGGCUUCGAUAGGCUUUGAAUCAUAUGUCACAUUAUCGUGGGGUAUUCAUCGCCCCGUCGACAAUUAACAAAAGAGCACACAGGCGAUCCAAAACCUACCCUCACUCWCGUCAACAGCAGUACAAAACCGAACUAUCUCACCUCCCUACAGGGGAGAAUUUGUCUUCCCUUUUUUCUCAAAGGGCACCUAAAAUCGAAGGUCUUUUGAAACGAGUGACUUUAAGAUUCAGAACUGGUGAAAAGAGAGAAACGUCUACGUGUGAGUUGCAGUGCUCAUCUUUUGGGAGCAGUGCUAUAAGAAAUAAGCUUGAGCGAAAAUCUUUAGAUAGCACUGAYACCACUGACGCGGGAAACGUCAGCUUGUCUCGAUUCGAAGACUUUGAAACACCUGCCAAAGAUUUUUCUGAGACGAAAGGCGCUUUAUCCGAUCUCAAAUCAUUAGAACUUUCCGAAUAUAAUAAUACUGCCAAAAGGUCUCAAAAAGAAGACUGCCCGCUUAGCACAGAGAACGUCAAGAGUUUUGGAGAAGAUUUUAUCGACGGUAAGCGAUACACGGCGCCUAGACUUGAAUUACAAGAUAGCCCCCAGAUCUCUGGCAUCACCSAGGACCUCCAAGGUGUCCGUAGACUUACCAGUUUUCAAGUCAGUGAAAGUGUUGAAGCUGAUACUUUAGAAAAUCAUCAAGAGGUUAAUUCGCUUAGCGUUGCAGGAGACGACAAUCAAAACAUUAUUCAUAAAUCUCAAGUCGAAUCACCGCGCAAAGCUAUAAGUGUUGUUUUAACCAAAAAUAAAAGGAAAACUCAAUCACAUCUCCUUGAAGAAGGUGGAAGCUCUGUUGAGGUACAUUGCAAAAGUCAUCAGUGUCAUCUUGAUUUAGAAGAUAGCAAUACAUAUACUGAUAGUACCUUAAACCCCCGAAAAGAGACCAAUUUACCAUCAGCAAAAGGCAGCUGUAUCAUUUACGAUUUUAGUGACGGUGCAGAACAUCCUGAGCUCGAUUCACACAAAGUAGACGACAGUCAAUGUGGCGUUCCAGACACUGAUUUUCGAAUACUGCCAAAAAUACCUAAUCAGUCGAAAAACAAAACUAAAGAUCGUCUCUUUUCAGUUGAAAAGAAAGUAUUAAAGUUCGGGAAGACUGUCUAUCCAGAAGGCUUUGAUAGUAACACCUUAGGUCUUGAAAUUGAACACGACGAUUUAUCUUCAGACAGGGUUAAGAGUCGUCUGAUUGCUCCAAAUUAUCAAAGUGCAUCGCAAUUGGAAGACGAGUUAAUUCGAGAACACUAUCCUUAUCACACAUCAACGAGCAAGGUAUACACAAAGGACAGCAACAUUGAGGAAUUUGCUAAAGRACACCAAAGUUUUAAUACUGAGGAACGCCACCGUUUAGAACAGAUUUUUGAUAAUCGACCAAAUACAACAGUAUCACAAAGUGUGAAAKUUGAACAAGGUAUUCCAAAAUAUUAUUGUCGUGUUGAUAACAAAAACAAUCAUCAAAAUUUAGAGAAAUUAUAUUCGACUGAAAAGCUUAGUGAAAUACAAACUGAGGAUUUCAUURGCACUGRUAUUGCWARUCAACGAAGUGUUCAGUCUGAUCAACAAAGUCACGAGKGUCCAGAACAAGAAGUUAAACAGCAAAGUUGUGACGCAGAGAAUCAAUUUCCAAACACAAAUCAGAAAGAGGUUGAAACAGCCUGCGAGCUAUCUGAAGUCGAAUCACUCAGCGAACUUGCUGAAGAAUCCACUGUUAUACCGAUYAAACCAACAGUAAUUCUCGAAAAUACUGACGUCAAACCUUUUAAUARGUCAGAACUGGUGACACUACAUCAGCCACCUACUUAUCACGCAACGAUAAGAACGUUUCCUUGUAUUCGUGACAAUCAAAAAUUAUUUGGAAAAACGACAUCACCUGUUGAAACUAAUCGUAAAGAGGAAGCAGGGUACGGGAAACUAACGUGUGACGUAAUACCUUGUAAACGCGACAAGGCAGAAACUAAUAGACAGAUMAAUCUCCCUGUAAGGGGUACAUCAUGUGAGCCAAGGUCGCCAACGUUUUCAAUUACAGUAUCGAAUUUUCCUGACAGCAGCAACAAAGCUGCAGUCAACAGACUAAGUAUCGAAAACAAGAAUACAUUCGUCGAAGAAGAAGAAGAAGAAGGCUCUCCCUUCUCGGAAAACUCUGAGGAACCUUGCAUUUCUACGCCACRCACGCCUAUAGUAUUCAAUUUUGAAACAGAAGACGUACAAUAUUUCGAUUUCACAGAAAGAUCAACUGUUUCAARCUCGCGCAAUUCACCUAUAGAGACCGCUAAUAACUCAGGCCACGUAACACCUCGCUCAUUUUCUGAAAGCCUUCUUGAAGAUUUCAAUUCAAGAGAUUUCGUAGUCUCACCUAAUCGUGUUACCAGUACACCAGCUUUAAGAAUUGAAACAGCAGCGAGGCGCCUUUUAUAUGAUACUGAGGACAUUCAAAAUAACAKUCAUUUUAAAUCUGAUAAAGAAUUUUGCGGAGAAAAGRAAAAYAUAGCAGAGUUAGAUUCUGAGGAAACAAAAAUGGCGUCAUURCCAACGCAAAAUGUUAAAGCGAAAAAGGAGCUUUUGGAAAGCAGGGAAAAAGUCCGUCAGCUAGAAGAAAAACUUUUGAAUGAGCAAAAGGCUUCCGAAAACAAAGAAAGGACAAUCAAGACAUUAACRAAAGAACUCAAAAGCUUWAAGAAUCKCGACAACAAGGACAGCAAUAAUAAUGAAAACGUAGAAGAAUUGAAAUCGAAAGUGACAACUUUAGAAACAGAUAACCGAAUCCUUGCUAAUCAAGUUCAGAUGGUCGAGGAGGCAAAUAAAAAGCUUUAUAAGGAGUUGUAUGACACAAAGACGCAGUUGCGCUUUCAAGAAAGACGCUCCGAUGACGUGGGUGCUCAGAAUACUCAAAUUUCUAGACGGAUUUCACAAAUACUUCAGUCCUCUAUGGACAAAAGUACUGGAUUUACAGUAUUUUUACAUCAGAUGGAGACAGACUUGAUUUCCACGGAUUCUGUGCUUAGAAAACUUAGAGCACAAAGGCAAGCACUGGAAGAGGUYUUGAAAUCCGAAGASGAGAAGUUUCAGACGUUGAGAUUCUCUCCYUUGGACAAGCAACAAAAAUUCCUUCCUGAAGAGGCUAAGAACGCAAUACGGUCGCAAUUUGAGAUUUCACUUGAGUAUGAAUUUCAAGAUGAGGAAUCCAAGCAACUGCACUGUGACAAAAGAAUGASCGAACUUGAGGACAUCGUUAAUGAGAGUAUUAUGGCAAAACUUGACAAGGAAAAUGAGAAGGUAGCAAUACAUCAGAAGAAGAUUGAUCUUGCAAGRGCUCAUGUCAAGGCUGUCAAAGACAUCGAAAUAAAGUUUUAUAACAUCAAAGAAAGAUCUGAAAAGCAAAUUGCGACGAUGAAGRAUAGAAUAUCCAGUGACGUCAAGGAAAUCUCAAAAGAGAUCUCAUCCACUUAUCUUGCAAAACAAGARCGAAAAGGGAAACCAAAGAGAAAAUCAUCAACACUGGAAAGUCCCGAUGUAAUUCGUAAAAAAUCUGUGGAAGAAAUKGCUUGCUUUGAUCGCACUAUGCGCUCUAUGAAGUCCAAAUCUCAGGUUACUAGACAAGAAUUGUCAGAGAAUGAGAAAGAAAUUUUAUCACURAACGAAAAGAUGCGUGAAACGUUGAACGACAAGAUUCAAAUGUCUGAGGAACUUCUGGAGACUCAAUCAAAAAUCCAGGAACUUGAAAACCGGUAUGCAGAAAAGCAAAGAGAAAGCGAAAGCCUCGAAAAGGAAUUAUCAGCAAAAAGACACGCAAUCGCCGAAAUGGCUAAAGAAAUGCAAGAAGCUUUAAGUCACGUCACAUCAGAUAAUGAKGAAAGUGCAGAUUCUCAACUGACAYUAGAAAAUAACCAAUUACCCGAAGCAACAGAAAAAGAAGUUCAAGUUGAUGACCUCAAGWAUGAGCUUAUGCAGACAAUCAUUUUGUUACAAACAGAGCAAAAAGACCGAGAAGAAGCAAUACGAAUGAAUGAAGACUUGUUCCUUGAGCUAGAAAAUCGAGAACAAGAGAUAUCCGGUCUGGUUAUGGAACUCGAACGACAUAAAGACAAAGAAAAGACAAAGGAAGCCAACUCGAAUGCUUGCAAAAAGUUGAAAGAGAUGAUAAACUCAGUGGAGCAUCUUAAAAUGAAAGCAGACCUUGAGCAGCUGCAGAAUGACCUUGAGGAAGAGAUGUUCACAWGCGAAAAGGAGAUUCAAACAUUACAAAGUGAGUUGGCAAAACAGCAGAAGGAUACWGAGAGUCUUAUUGUUUUAGUUGACUAUUACAAGGAUGAAAUGGCUUUGCUACAGACAGCAAGUCAGAAAAACUCUGAAGACGCUUCUGCAAAGGUUGAAGUGCYUAAUGAACAAAAUGAUGAACACACUGAUAAAAAUCUUUCUUUGGUAACAUCAUCCAAAGAGGAAUCCAGUUUAGAUACAGUAAAACAACUGCAAGAGGAUGUGUUGGACCUCCAGAAAGCUUUGGAAAGUGAAAGUGACGUCAAUAGAAAUAGCAAAGAAAAACUUGCUGUUUUAGAGGAUUCUUURCAGAAGGAAAAGCAAGCAAAGGAGUACGCAUAUAGACGGAACAGGGAGCUUGAAGACGAGUUAAGAAUCAAAGAUUUAAAGCUGAACAAUUUGACUUCCACUGUCGCUACAAGUCAUUCAGACAAAAGAACUGAGAAAGAACAAAAUGCACCUGUGACUACGAUUUCUGAACUACGUUCUGCAAUGGCUCAGAUACAAAGUGAGAAGAACAACCUCUCUAAAGAAGUAGAUCACCUUGCGAUCGAUAUGGAAGAAAGUGGCAAUUAUCUUGAAAGCCCAUCUCCGGAAAUACUCAACGAUCACAAAGCCAAGAGCUCCCAUGUUUUCCAGUCUGAAAAAAGUAGUAUCUUUUCUGAGGCAGAUAGUAAGGGUAUGCAAGGUCGGACUUCCAUAGAGUCUCCAUUGGURCAUCUUUCAAUGGAAAAAGAUAAAAUUGUUAACGAGUUAGAAAAAACGAUCAAGACGCUCGAGAAUGAAGUUCAAAGCCUUCGUUCUGAAAAUACUCUCUUGGAAAACGAGGCGGUGGACAUUUUAGAUGAUGGGCUUAAAGUUGAGAAUAAGAUUUUACGGAAUCAAAUAAAAAGCUUAGCCAAUGAGAUAGCCAUYGCGCGAGCUGACGAGGACGACAUGAAGAGAGAAUUCGAACACGUUGAAAUUCGUUAUCAUGAAAUGCAAGAGGAAUUAAACAGACUAUCCUCGGAAAAAAAUGAGCAAGAGAACAAAAUUGAAAAUCUUACAUACCAAAAUAAGAUCUUGAGCCAAGAGUUGGAAUUACUACGAAACAAGAUGGGUGCGCUCGAAGAAGAGAGAAAGAUCAUUGCUGAUGAAGCUGUUGGGAUCGACGUUGUUGACAACAAGGCUUUCAUUAAAGAGAAUGAAGAUCUUAGAACAGACAUCGCUAAAAUCACGCUGGACCUUAACGUUAACAAAGAGGAGGUUGAAAGGCUGCAAAAUGAGCUAAAGAUAUCCGAAGGUACAGUUAGAGACCUGGAAAUGACCCUUWCUUCAUUGCAGAAAGAGAAAGCAAGUCUAGAAAUUCAAGUAGACGAUCUGAACUUCUUGAACAAGACUCACGAGAAAGAAGUUAAUUUGUUAAAAAAGAAGAUUGGGGUUUUGGAASAGGAAAUCCAUGUCAUUGAACAAGACUUAGCUCAGCGUUCAGAAGAAGUAAAGGCGAAGGUAAUUGUAAUACAAAACAUAGAGAAAGACAACGCGACAAAAGAAGUCGAAAAACAAGAGCUGGAGAAAAAAGUCAAAGAAAAAGAAAUGGAAUUCGAGAAAACRAAAAUUGCUGAAGAGAAGCAACGAAAGGAGCUACUUGAGAAGAACUGUGAACUACAAACACAGCUUAAAUCUCUUGAGAUGGAUUCUUCUGAGUCGAAACAAGAGCAGCAAAGACUUGAACGCGAUUUGAAUGAGCUGCGAGACCGACUUCGCGAUGCUGAUCGAAGGUUUACCUCAACUAAAGACGACAAGAUUAAGACUGAAAACAGCCUUGGUUCUAUGAAAAACCGUGUUGGACAACUGCAAAAUGAGCUGAGCGAAGCGAGGGCUGAAUUACGAGAGAAAAAUGAGACCAUUAGAAAGCUUAAUCUGAAGAACUCAGAACUUCAGAUAAGUUUAGCAGAAAAAGAAGAGGAGCUUAGACGAGAAGAGAGAUUGAGAAUGGACAACAUGAAGGCUUUGGAUGCAUUGAAGAUGAAAAUGGAGAGAAUGGAAACUGACGACAAGAAACAAAGAGACAGGUUGUUCAGUCUGAAAUCUGCUUGUUCCGAAGCAAACGAAGCUUAUGAAAUCGUCAAAAAUCAGAACCUUAACUUACGUAAUGAGAUGCAGGACUUGAAGAAAAAAUUCGMUGAACGUGACGUACAGGCUGAGAGCAAUAAACGAGAGAAAGAGAAGCUAGAGGAGCAGAUCCUGAACGCAUCAAGAACCAUUGAUGAUAUGCGUAAAUACGCAGUUGCCAGGGACCAGAGCUUAUCACCUGACUCAGCUCUUGGUAUCUCCGUGACGUCACUCACAGAACUCGGCUCAGGCCCAAACAGUCCAAACUCUGAAUGUUCAGAUAAUUUGUUCAAUAGCGGAGAAGAAGAACUGAAAUUUAUGCCUCAAGAACAAGGUCUUCUGUGCAAAAUGCCCACAAUGAUCGAGAACUUCCGAGCUGUUGUCCGUGACAAUGAACUCAUGAAAACUAAGAUAGUGGAAAUAAUGAACAAUAAAGACAAGAUGAAUUCACAACUGCAGUAUUACUCUACACUAAGUGACGACUUGCAGAAGGAGGUUGGAGACAAGGACCGAUUCCUAAGCGAGCUUCAAACAAAAGCAAAUAUGAUGGAAGAUGAACUCAACAACACAAAGAUGAAUCUUGCUAAAGUAGAACGCGACUUUGCAUCCACUGCUUCUGAAGCCGACUUAGUAAAAACAACUUUAAAAGUACGAGAGGACACUGUGAACGAACUUAGAGAGAAAGUUGAGCUACUUGAAGAGAAAGAAAAAGCUUUGGAACUGUACUCAAAGUCCAUGUCCGAGAAAUACCAUCAUGAGGCGUGCCAAAAGAGUGAUGCUGAAACUGCCAACAAGAAUCUCAAAGAAAAGAACGAAGAGCAAAAACAACUGCUAGAAAAUCUUGAACAGAAGCUCUCUGUGUACUCGUCUAGACCUAGAAGAGUGUCUGAGCCUGAUGUUAAGGUCCUCACCGUUCCUGUACAACCCGUAGUAACAAAGAAGGCAACAGAUAUUACCAUGGCUACGCUGGAAGGAAAGCUCGAGUCGAUUGUGGAGUAUAGUGAAGUUCUGGAAAGUUCUCUUAUGGAUGUUGAGAUGGGAUAUCGAAAUAUCCAAGCUGAAAAUGAACGACUUAAAAGAGAAAUGAUCGAUAAGAAGGAAUAUGAAAACCUGAAGUCAUGCCUUGAAGAACAGGAUAAGUCUUAUAAAGAACAAGAAGGAGAUUUAAGACGUACUAUAGGGGAUCUUCAAGAACAAUUGUCACAUCUUGAAAGCCAAAAUAUAGAGAAAGAAGAUGCCAUGCAGACGGCAAGGAAUAACCAGAACGCACUCCUCAAAGAUUUCAACAAAUUGAAAGAAAACUUUUCGCCAUUAGAAGAAGCCAAUGCCCUUCUUAAGGCGGAUUUAGAGAGUCUUAAAGAAGAAUCCAAACAAGCUGAGGAGCUCCGAGUAAAACUGGACACGGAUUUGAAACUAUUAAAGACAAAAAUGAGAGAAAUGGAGAUGACCGCUGAAGCGUAUAAGGAAGAAAACAGCAGGCUCAGAAGUGACAUCAUAGCAUUGUCUGAAGAGAAAUGUGAAGUGGAAUGUAGAGUAUCUGAAGCAGAAAGAAGAGAGAAAAGAUUGAAUGAUUUAAUCAACCAAGAACGUGCCGAGCGCCAAGAACUUAAACAAGAACAUGAGAGUACUUUAAGCACAUGCGAUACCCUGCAAAGUGACCUGGCCAAGGCCAGAGAACUUAUCACCAACCUUGAGGCAGUGCAAAACAAAACUGAGCAAACAAACAACGAAAUGGAAUUAAGACUUGGUGACAUUACCACCCUGAAAGGCAGCCUUGAAGAUGAACUUCAUUUGGCCAGAAAAAAUAUCCAAGAUCUUGAGGACCGCUUUAAGAAAGCCGUGGACCAAGAAGAAAUUCUUAAGCAAAAGCUAAACAAACUCGGACUUGAGUACUCAAGAUUAACAAAUGUUUGCGAGCAGAGUCAGAAAAGAAAAUCCGACCUUGAACGUGAUGUUGUAGAAGCAAAUGGUAAGAAUGAAGAUCUAGAAGCGGAAAUUGAGAAGAUCCGUAUCGAAAAGGCUGGUUUGCUGAAGGAAAUUGCUCAAAAGGAGGAAACAUUGGAAAGUAUGGAGACAAAGAAAAGCGAGCUCGAAGAAGAACGCCAGAAGCUCACAAACGACUUGUAUUUAAGCACAAAAAAAGUCCUCAGCCUUCAACUCAACCUAGAGUCGCUGCGUAACGAUGUCACGCAACUUGGAAAAGAGCUAAGGCGGCUUGUGCUUGGAUCUAUUGGUCGGGAAGCACGAGAUGAAGCCGAAGAAAAAACGAUGGAAACAGACCUUGAGAUGAGUCUGUUUGAAAACGAGGUGGUAAUUCAGGCGUUAAGGCAAACCAUUAAGUCAACUGAGAGGAGCCUAGAUAUGAUUAGACCAGAAGCAAAGAUAUCGGAACUUGAGAACAAGCUUUGCCAAAAAGACAUCGACAGUGUCCAUAGAGAAUUCGCCUUUUUGAAAGACCAACUUGGCAGYUUUAGACAUUCGUGCCAGAAGUUAAGUGAUGAAACAAAGAGACUUAAGGAGGACGUAAAUAACAAAGAUGCUGUUUUACAAGACACGAGAGAAAAGCUUGAAACAUCGAAUGAAGAGAACAUCGAAAACAAAGAUAAGGUCCUUCAGCUACAAAGCAAGUGUAAUGGCCUUGAGAUACUCACAGCAGAGUAUGAGCAGAAUGCUGAGACCACUACUAAUGAUAUGAUUCGUGCCAACCAGACAAUAGCUACCCUUGAAGCUACAAUUACUAAACAAGAGCAAAAGAAAACAGCACUUGAAAAGGAAAGGCUUGUUCUCCAAGAAAGACUUAAUAAUCUUGAAAACAACCAGCGAGCAUCAAAGGAUGAAAUGCGGAACGACAAGAARCGAAUUGCGUCUUUGGAAGUUGAAUCCAGCGAGAAGCUAGGACUGGCCCGCGAGCUUGAAAAAAUUGAGACUAAUUUUAAUGAGCUCAAAUUAAAGUAUGAAGAUGCUCUAAAGGAAAGAGAAGAAGUUAAAGCGGAAUUAGYAGCAGUACGCGAAGAGAUCAGACUAACAGAGGUAGAACUUAAGAAUACCAAAAAAGAUGCCGAUAACUUCAAGAAGCACAUUGUUAUCGAGAGAGAAAUGCGACAAAGAGUUGARCAAGAUUUGAAUGAACACAUAGAAGAGCUUAAAACUUGUAAGAAGAAUUUAAACAYUCUACAACGUUCGCAAGCUAAACUUGAAGAUGACAACGAAAGCCUACAGGAAAAGGGUAAGCUGCUCGAGGAAGCUGGCCAGACAUUCAAAAAACAGCUGGAAGUCCAGUCUGUGGAAAUGAAGCGACUAAAGGAAUCUUUGACAGACACAAGAAACGAGCUGCUCAGUACAAACGAGAAACUUGAGAAUACAGAAAAGGAAAGAAAGAGGCUUUUGGAAGAUCUUGUUUACUCUGAAGAGCAAGCAAAAAAACUUCAGGACGCUUGUAGUGAGCURCUACGAGAAAAAAUGUUCGCAACAGAAAAGGUUGGCUCAUUGAGUGAAACUCUCGAUGCCAUGAUUUCCAGCCAUGAAUAUGCAUUGAACAACCUUAAACAAGACCUGAGAGGUUCCAACAAARACCUGUCCAUUACAAAGAGUUCUCUUGAAAGAAGCCAAAAGCGAAACGAAGAGCUUCUUGACGAGAUCAAAAAUCAUGAAAGCAAGAUAAAAGCGAUGGAUGAGAAAAAACAAGAGCUGCUGGAAAAGUACUGGGAAAGCCAGAGUCAACUAUCAGAAGCUCAAAGCUGUAUGGAUAGCUUGCGAGCAGAAACAAAGGAGCUCAAAGGGAGAGUUGCACUUCAUUUAUCAAAGAUUGAACAGCUGGAGGACACCCUAAAGAGAGAACACGAAGAGAGCGAGAAUACAAUCGUUUCAUUGAAUGGAAAAAUAUCAUCUUUAAAGACACAGGGAAAUACACUCUUCCAGGAAAAAGAUGUACUCCAAAAUAGUCUGGAAACAACCGAAGAAUCUUUGAGUAAAACGACCGAGGAUCUAAAACAGACAGAAAAGACAUUAACAGAGAAGGAGAAGUUUUACACAACUGAGGUUUCCAAACGCGACCAAACAAUCGAUAGUUUGAAAAUAAUAUCAGAAGCUCAGCGUGCAGACCUUAAAAAGACAAAAGAUAUUCUGCGAGAUGUCAGUCGUGAGAACGUAGACUUGAAAGAGCGGCUUGGCACAACAGAGAGAGCACUUGAUAUCCUUGAAACCAAAGUAAGCGAUCAAGAAAACACAAAUGUUGAUGCCUUGGCUGAAGCUCAAGCAAAGUUAAAAGUCGUUAGCAAAAUGAAAGCUUCUAACAGCGGAGAAAACUUUGUUGAAUUACAAUCUGCACCUUUGCUAAGCGCAGAACUGGAAAGCUUUGACAGCAUUGAUGGACCGCUGGAAUCGGGUCGAGAAGCAUCAAUCAAGGAAGUAGUGGAUGCCUUCCACCAAACAUGCAUGGUAUCGUUUAGCGACAACAGAGAGCUUCAAGAUAAACUUUCUAAAGCAAACGAAAGCAAUGCAAUUUUGGAGGGUUCUCUUAAUAAAGAAAGAAAUAUAAUGACUGAAACGAAGCGUUAUCUCCACGAGCUAGAAAGAAAGAAAUCAAAGCUCGAAGAAGAAGUCAAGAGACUGAGACAUCGACUUGAAACAUUCAAACAGAAAAGCAUCGAAUUGGAGCGAAGUAAAGACGACGAGUUAUGUGAACUAAAGGGUGACAAAGUUAUCCUUGACAAAGAGAACUGGGUUUUAAAAGAAGCUGUAGAAGAACUGAAAGCAAAGUCUAAAGAAACUGAAUCAGAACGUGAUCGUUACGCAGAAGAAGUUUUAGUCACACAAAAGCAAGUAGUAGAGGCAAGGGCAGACAUCAAACAUGCCCAAGAUCAAAUAGACAGUAUGCAGGAACAGCUUCUUGAUAUGAAGAAGAGGACGUUCGAACUAGAAGCGAGGGAGAAGAGCUUACAACAGAAGAUUGCAGAAAARGAGAAAGAGCUUUAUGCAAGUGAGAUGAAAACGCAAGAACUGGAAAAGCUUUACAACAACGCUAACGAGAAGAAAACGGAGUUGUACGCACAAAUGUCCAAAGCAGAGGACAAAAUACGACAACAAGAGAGUGAAAAUGAUGAAAACCAUACCAAGAGCAAAGAAAUGGAUCAGGAAAUGCACACGCUGAAAAACAAAGUCGCACAACUUGAAGCAGMCCUCGGUGAAUCUAACGAAGAAGUUGUGGAAGCAAAAGAUAAGAUUGACGAGCUCGAGAUCCAGCGCGGAAGUCUGCAGGCGACCAAUGAAAUCCUAAAACACCAACUAGAACUCUCCCGAUCUGAAAACGAGGCUUUGACUAAAUCGUAUACAGCAACUCACGAUGAAAGUCUSAAUUUGUCAAAAGCACUAAACGAGGUGACUAUCAAUAAGGGUAAUCUUCAAACGGAGAUCAAGUGUCUCAGUCAAGAAAAAGAACGUUUACAAGAUGCGCUAACCGCUUCGGAAAKUCAGCUUCGWGAGUCGGAAGAUAACUUGGUCAAAGCAUUCCAGGAGAGUGAAAAUCUAAAGAGACAGAUGCUGAAGGUCCAGAGCACCGCUUGCGCCGAGUCUGUAAAAUUACAGGGUGAAUUUGCAAAGUUGAGGUCUGAAUUAGAUUCAAUCAAGAAGGAAGCAAUCGAGAAAGACAAAGAGUACAUCGAAAAAGUUACAAAGUUAAAGUGUGUUGAGAAAGAGAACGAUGGACUUAAGAAAGAACUUAACGACAUCCAUAUAAGGGAAUCCGAACUGAAACUCGACUAUACGACAACCAAUAGUAAACUACAAAGCUACGUGUUGGAGAGAGAAUGCUGGGAACGAGAAGUUAAAACAGUUCUYGGAGAAAUUGAACAACAAAAAAAUGUUAAUGCAACAAAGGAGCAUCGGUUGGAAAGAUUACGYAUGCGCUAUGAGCAGGAGAUUGGAUUUCUAAGCCAGAGAGUUUCAUCACUAGAACGAGAAUUGAAAGUUGUGCAAGACGCCGCUGAACAGCAGAGACAUGCUGAUGAGAUUGCACAUAAGCUACACAUCGAGGCCAAGGAUAUGGAGAUCGACAACCUUCGCAUGCGUCUUCAAGCRACACGUAUUCACACAAGUGAUAAAAAUGUGGUCGUCGAUCAAAUGAAGAAUCAGCUUGACGAGCGAACAUCACAGAUUAAUGAUCUUAUGAGCCAGAUGAGUCUUCUCAAAGAUAGCUAYAAUUUAGAACUUGCAAGUGUGCAGGCUGAUCUUAAGUGUUCACAGAUGGAAAACUUGUUAAAACUUCGAAAAGACAUGGAAUGUGAUAACCAACUAAGCUCCAGUCAAGACUCAGUGAGUGAYCUUCUAGACGCUAUUAAAUCAAGUAGGAAAGAAUCUGAACGACUACGUCAUCUACUGGGCAGUAGGAUGAGGCAGAUGAGUACUCUGAAUAGAGAUAUCAACUCCAAACGAUCGAGUCUGCCUGGGACGAGAUCCUAUGGUCUUUAUAGUCGAGAUAACGAGGGGCAUCUGAGGGAUUAAUAUAUUUUAGGAAGUCUUAUUAACCUAUCUCUCGUAAUAUCACGAAAUCCGCUUAUUCUGUAAGAGAAUGUGAAAGACAUACAUUAGUCAUAUUCGGGCGACUAACCAGGCGCAUUGCAGUAUGUUGAUUGAUUGCUAUUUUAAGCAUUUUUUAAUAGUGGUAGUGUUGRUGAAACGCUGAUUAUCCAAGAUGAAUGAGAUCGAGGUCCUAGCUAGCUCUGAAGGAACUUGAACAUUGAUGUAUUUAAAUCUACUUAAGUGCUCUCAAUGGAAUGGUUUGCAAACUAAAUGACGCAACUUGCUUUCAUUCAAUUUAAUUGAGUGCAAUUUUGUGCAUUUUUUACAAAAUGUUUCACAGAUAUAUAUUAAAUGCUCUUUUACUAUUAGGUUAUAUUUGCAAAUAUAUUUGGCAAAAUUUAUAGCUUAUCUCUAAACAUAAUCCAUUUUCAAUCGUGUUUUUGUAUUAGCUAAAGAUCCGCUAAAAGUUUAUAUUAUUGAAUAUAAACAGCAUUUUAAACGAGAAUUUUUUUUAAGGAUAUGAUUAAUUUGUAAUCAAUAUUAGUAAUCAACAGUAAUAAUAAGUAUAUUUUGACAUUGACGGGUAUUAGAGAUAGUUAAUACAACUCGUGAACCMCAGCAACUGGACUAUCAGAAUUUAAUAGUUAGGUUUUGUUUCAAGGUUGAACCUCAAAGCGUG